AUGGGAAGUCGGCGCUCGUCUAACUAUGGUUUCUACCUGAAGAAAUCGGCCUUGAAUGACCUGCUGCUCCUGUUACCGAAUGAACUACAAACAGACCAGUGGCCUGUUCCACCUGGUAGUAGAGCAUUGCGAUGCAUUGGUGUGGCAUUGAAUGUGGCUGUAAGGUUGCUUGGAGCCUGUUCACCAGGAACUGGUGCUCGAAUUAUUGGUUUGGUGGGUGGUCCUUGCACAGAAGGGCCAGGAACGGAGGAAUUUCAGUUAGUUUUGUUCAAAAACAAGAAGAAAGAGAAUCUUUUUGCUAGUCGGAUCUUCGAUUUGUUCGAUGUUAAAAGGAAAGGAGUAGUUAACUUCGGUGACUUUGUCAGAGUGUUGAACGUCUUCCAUCCUAAUGCCUCCCAAGAGGAUAAGAUAGACUUCACAUUUAAGCUUUAUGACCUGGAUGGCAUAGGAUAUAUUGAGCGCGAUGAGAUGAGGCAAUUGUUGAUCGCAAUUCUAUGUGAAUCUGAACUGAAGUUGGCAGACGAAACAAUCGAACAAAUACUUUAUAAGAUUGAGCUGGAAUCUGCAAAAUCUGAAUUUCAGAAAUGGCAUUCUUCAUUUCAGGAUGAGUCUUUUAUAUCCCCAGCUACUACUCCAGGCUACUUUAACAAUCAUGAGGCGACUGUUUCAACUCUCACUUCAGAUGGUUGGCUAAAAACAGGGGAUGUGCUAUUUUGAUGAAGAUGGCUUAUGGUUUUCAAUUGAUCCUUUGACAGAAAUAUGCUUAGUUAAAUGAAACGCAAGAAAGGUACUCAGAGAUAAGUCUGGAUUAUUUAAUUUUUUUUGGAUGAAAAUUGUAAAAUUACAGCCUUUUUUAAUGAAAAUAUGUAACUUUAUAUA